AGGUUGAGCAGCCUUUGUCCCAGCGGAGGCUCCUUGUGGAAGGCAGGGUACGGGAGGGGGCGUGGUUUGUGAGGAGCAUCAGCAGGUUGGGUUGGUCGGGCGGAGCUCUCCUUGUCUUGCAGGUGGAACAUUGGGAAAAAGGAAGCAGGAAAGUGAGAAGAGAAACAGGGAUCUGCUAGGGGCAUACAGUGUCACUGAUUGACUAUCACAAAUAUGGCAGCCUUCACAAUGGAUGAAUAACUGAUGAAAACCAUGGCUACUAGGGUAGAAAUAACUUCUACCAUGACAUCAAGGACAGCUCAAGCAGGUCUGAAUGAAAUUCUUAAUGAAGUUAAAUUGCCAAGAACACUCAUAACCCCUUUGUCAGAUGCAAGCAAUAAGUCCAGUGAUUCCACUUUAAGUAGCUCACUUAUUAUUGAAGAAACUAGCAGAGGUCCUAAGUCAGUGAGCAUGUUUAACCCAGGAGCAAGACCAAGACUCUCACCAAAGCCUUUUUCAAAAGACAAACCUCCAGAUUGGGAAAGUAGUAAGUUUAUGAUCUCAAGACUUUCUAAUUCAUCUGUAGAUGGAAAGCCACCAAUUGAUUCUACAUCUCAAAAAACUACAAUCGCAUCAAGUAGCCUUAAAUAUGAUGACAGUGAAAGAGUUAAUAGGAGAAGUUUUAGGAAAUCUCAGGAAACCGCUAUUGAAGAAGAUCAGAAAGUUAAACCAGAAGCAGAGAUGUCUCCUACCACUAAUACCAGGGCACAGAAAUCAUUUAGCUGGAUUUCAGGACGAAACAGUAUAGAGGAGGCGAAAUUAGUUUCACAUGGAGAAGAACUGAAAUCUAGCCACAAACCAGAUAUUUCAUCUAAACUUUCAUUGAUAUCCACGAAACCUGAGGUUUUACAACUCAAGGACACGGUCCAUCCUGCUUCCUCCAGAACAAUGCCUGCAGAAACAUCUAGAGAACAAAAUGAGUCAAAUGCCAGUGGAAAAAAUAGUAGUUCUUCAGUGAGUGAUGAAAAUGAAGAUAGCUCACCUGGGGCAGUGCAGUUAAGGCCAAAACGUCGUCCAGUGUCUGCUAUGUUUUUAGAAUCUAUUAGUGAUCAAGCACAUGACAAGCCAAAGCCUACAGAAGAAAAAGCUUUGUCAACCUCUGAAAAAUCAUGGAUUAGAAGACCAAGACCGCUUUCUAUGGAUCUCACUUCUAAAUUUGAAAAUAGGGGACCCAUGGUUAACAAGAAAAUAAGUGCUUCAGAAGAAACAAAGGAAAAUAUACCUUUAAAGAAAAAUUCAAUUAGCACCAUCAUCUUUGAAGAAAAGAAUCAAGUGGGAUUAAAAGAAGAAGAUUCCAAACAUGGGAAUAAAAUGCUCAAAAAUGAAACAAGAACAUGUGAAAUGAACAGUGGAAUGUCCGUAACAAAUAUAAAUGUAUGUAAAGAUAAAGACUCUGAAAUCAAUACAGGAAAGAGAAGAACAGAUGAUGAAAAGCAAGAAAUAAGUGAUGUGUAUAAAGAUAAUGUAUUAACAAAGAUUUCAGAAAAUGUUAAUCGAACCACAAAAAUUGCGCAAAAUGAAAAAUAUGUUUCUAAUACUAAUUCCAGCACUUCCAAUGAAGUACAAAAUUCAGAGGAAAUGGGCAUUGCUCCAGGAAGUAUCCGAAGGCGCAUCAGUCUGCUUUUUGCUAAUACUAGCUCUUCUGCUGAGGUUACAGAACCACCUGUAGCUGCUGAAGAAAAAAGAGUCAGCACUCCACAUCAGAUUAAAGGCUUAACCUCAGAAAAUGUAGAUAAUAGGUUGGAUAGGACAAUGACAUCAACACAGCCUCACCUUCUUUCUUCAGACUUUACAAAAAUUUUUUCCGGCUCACCACCAAAUGUAGAGCUGAGUUUUGAGAAAACCAAGGAAAUGAAGAGUGUUUUUGUCUCUGAGGCAAAUGAUACCCCAAAGGAUAAUGUGGAUCAAAAAGAAACAUUCUCCAGUGAAAAACCGUGGAAAACGCAUUCGUUCAAAAAAAAAGAUCCACCCAUUCAAAGUGAGGACAGUGCAAAUGUUACCAAAGAAAAGAAGAGCUCCACUUUUAAAAAAGAACAAUAUGACAACACAUCACUGUUGGCAGAAAAGAGAGAGAAUAAUAUAGAGCCAGUUGAAACAGAGUACAAAACUGUUAGAGCCACCGUGUUUGAACACAAGAUAGAACGGCACAAUCCUGCUAAGAUAUAUCCUUCUCAACAACAGAGAUACAGAGAGACAUCAAAAAAUGAACAUAAAGCCGAACGCUCUAUAAAUAAAGAUGAAUUCUCAAACCGGAAAGCUCAAAUGGAAGACAGCAAAUCUACAAAACAACAAAGUUAUGAAGAUUAUAGUUUGUCUGAUGGUAAGAAGGCUGAAGCGCAUGUUGGAAAGGCUACACCACAUAGAGUUACCAGAAUUUCUCAAGCAGAUGAAACAGAAACUUCAUUUUCAACUGAAAGUCAAGCACAAAAAAACAAGUUAUAUACAGAUGACAAAUCAAUUCAAAGAAUAGAACCCCGCUAUGAAAUUUUUCAUACUGCUGGGGAAAGAGUUUCAAGUGAAUCCAUAAAGAUGGUCCAGGAGGAAAAAGCUCUGACUCUGAAAUCUCGACAAUCGUUUCACAGAACAGAAAGGGAAGAGAGCAAACAUGAGAUGGAUGUUGAUUUUUCAGAUCGACCUUUGGUCAAGCUCCAAAGAAGUAAAAGUGAAUACAGAAAACGUGAUACUCAAAGCAGUACAAAGGAAACAUCUAGUAAUUCUGGCUCUAUAGAUGCUGACAUUCAACGCCUUAAAAAAUAUGACCUUAGAGCAGACAUGAGUCUGUCAAGAGCAGAAAGCAAUAGUUAUAAAGUAGAUAGGUCUUAUCCAACAGAACUGAGAAGAGAAAACAGAUUUCCAGAGAGAUCUUAUCUAAAAUCUGAGGAAUAUUUUGGGAUGCCUAAGUCAGAUUCUUCAGUUACUGGAGAAGAUUUAAAAAGAUCAGAACAAGCUGUUAAUUUAAGAAGCCCCAUUUUUAAUACCAGUAAGAUCACAGCUGGAUUUGAUUUUGAAGCUGGAUAUAAACAAUCUUCUAAAGAAGAAACAAUAAAUAGAUUAAGUGCUGAGGAUAACACAAAGCAGUUGGCUCAAGAUCAUGAUUUUAAAAGCAACAUUUUCCAGAAUAGUAGAUAUCUAGCUAAAAAUGAUCAAGAAGCAGUACCAAAUAGUACCAAUAACGAUGUCACAAAAGACCAUAUAAAAUUAACAGUGAAUCAAGAUAUUGAGCAAAUCAAAAAAGUUAAAGAAGUGUUUCCUAAAGAACUGGAAUUUAUGAGAAACAAAUCCUCUCUCCACAAUAAGGAUAGUAACCGAGAAGAUAAAAUAUCAGUCGAGACUAGAUCAAAUGUUUUGUCGAAAUCUGUAGAUGUUGGAAGUACAGAAAAAAGUAGACAUGUGGAACUUAAAGAGGAAAACGCAGAACAUUUAAAUACAGUAAAAAGCAGUCCUACAGUUGACACAAAGGCAACAUAUUUUGCUGUGACCUACAUUGAUAACAAAAAAGAAAAGACUGAAAAUUACUUUGAAAAGCAGGGCAGCAUUAGCAAUACAACCUUUGAAGAUCAGCUUAAGCAAGAUUUUAACAUUCAUAAACCAUAUGCAAGUUUUAAAAAUGAAAAUGUCCUUCAAGAAAAGUAUAACAACAAAGAAAACUUGGAAUGUUCAAGUGCUCUAGAUCCUAAAACAACCAAAGCCGAAAGUCCAGUGGAAGAUAAUUUUACAACAAAGAAAUCUGAAUGGAGUUCUCGACCCUUUAGACCAAAUGUUGUUGACAUUGAUUCUUUACUUCAUAGAAGCAAACAAAAGACAAACACUGAAAAUUUGGUUCCGGCAUACAACGAUGGCUACAUUAAAUCUUCACUAAAGAGUCAUGAAACAUACACUGCAAAGUCUCAGGAAAGUCUUUUAAAUUCUAAUGAUGAAUUAGAAGGAAUUUAUAAACCCAAGGCUAUUGAUAUUGAUGCCUUAAUGAUGGACUACAAAAGUGAACACCAAAAAGCUAAAGAUUAUAAGAUAAGUGAUGUUAUUGAACAUCAGGGUGAAUCAAGGUUUGAGAGGUCACGAUCUUUUAGAACCCAUACUGAAAAGAGCACAAACAGCAAAUGGAAAGAACCCACUGUGAAACGUUUCACUCCUGAUGAGGGCCAAAAGUAUGAAUCCUCUUCAUCAUAUACUUCUUUUGAAUUUACCUCUGGGCAUGAAGUGAAAGCAGACAAUCUAAAAUCUAUUCACCAUAAGCUGGACAGUGUCUUUGGAGAUAUGGGUUCAGCUGCUGAAGAAAAUAAUCAGAAGCAAGAAGAUAAAGGUUCCCCCCCACACACACAGAAGAAUAGAAGUAUGACCACUCUGGAAUCUUUACUUGAAUCAUCAAAACGUAGUCCUGUUCGGUCAAAGCCUGAUUCCUUUGGGGUCAAAGCAGAAAAAAAAGAAACCGUACAUACAUUUUUAAAAAAACCUGAAUUGGUAGAGAGAGUUGAUUAUGACCUAGAAAGUACUAGGAAGGGCAUGGAUGGCAAGGUUUUGUUUCCUGCAGAAAGUCAGACUUGUUCUGCAGAACAGAAGCAAUUACAGUCUGAAAGAAGACGUCCAGCAAAGACCAGUGAUUUAGUCACCCUGAUGCUAGAAGAUAAACAAAGGAGAAGGGAGCAGAUUAAAGCAAGUCCGAGAACACCGUCAGGGGAAGAGCAACAACAUAGAACAAAAACUUUCAACCAACAAGAUUGGGAACUGGGUGAUAACAGGGAGUCCUUCAUAAGUGAAGUAUCAAGACACCUUUCAACACGAUUGCAAGAGGUGGGUGUUUCACCAGAGCCUUUUCAAAGGAAUCGUCGUUCUCAACAUCGUGUGAUAACAGCAUCACAGGAGUCCUCCAUAAGUGAAGUAUCUAGACACCUUUCAACACGAUUGCAAGAGGUGGAAGUUGCACAAGAGCCUUUUCAAAGGAAUCGUCGUACUCCACAUCGUGUGAUAACAGCAUCACAGGAUCAGCUGAAGCAGUGUUUCUCAAGGAGCCCACAGACUAACAAGGAUACAGACACACUUUUCCAAGACCAAGACAGACAUUAUGGAACAUGGCAACAUGAGCCACAGGAUGAUGACAGCUAUAUGCAUGAUUCACCUUCACACGACAACAUCACCAGCAAGAAACUACCGCCACCAAGUCGUCUGUCGUCCUUGUCCCACACGGAAACAGAGCAGCAUGACUCGAUUACUGACCCAAAAGAAGGUAGUCUGGACAGAUCCAGCAUGGACCUGGAUUCUACAGAUGGCACAGAGAGUUCCCUUUCCUUUCAUGAGGCCAAAGCAACUGAUUUCUCAUUCAUAGAUCAAACUUCAGUCUUAGAUUCAACAGCACUAAAGAACAGGGUGCAGCUGAGCAGAAGAAGCCAGCGACGUGCUCCCACCCAAUCACAGAGGAGGAGCAGGAUUCUUAUGUCUAGCAGCCAGCUUGCAGUCAUAGAGGAUACCGACAGCCCCUGGAUGUACACAGACUCUACAGAAGAGAAGCCUGAGAAGAAGGAGGAUAGUGAUGAAGAGGAAAAGCCACAGAGGUCUUCAGUUCAACCACAGAGGAUGCCAAUGUUUCCAGGGAUGGACCCAUCUGCCCUGAUGAACCCUUUCCGGAAAAGGCAAGAUCCAGAGAGUUGCAGUGAAUCACCUCCAGCACAGCUUUCAAGGUCACCAAAAUCUCCCCUCCCACAAGGAACCAUAGGCGUUAAACUACUGCCAACACCUGCAGAUAAGCCCAACAAAGGGGCAGAGACCUCCUCCCCACAGUGGUUGAAAGAGCUGAAAUCAAAGAAAAGACAGAGCCAGUAUGAAAACUCCUCUUAACAGAUAAAGUUUCCAACAAGAAGCAGACACAGCAAUUUAACAUAAGCCUUAAUUCACCAAACCCUACAGAUCCACGUCCCUCUGCUGUCUUGCUUGAUCUCACCUGCAACGUGUUCGGUGCCUUCCCAUUUUUGAGGAAAAAGCUGCUUCAUACCUAUUCAGAUACAAAAUAAUGUAUUUUAUUGGAGAAAAGUCACUUUAGAACUUGUAAAGGAUAUUUACUUGAAAUGAGCUCUAUAAAAGCCAAAGGUCCAGCCUCCUUAUGACCUUUUGACCUGGAAGACUAGGGACAAUAGUCAUCUGGACCUGCUAAAUUGGUGUAUAUGUCAGCAUGUUCUGUGAUAUGAAAAGGCUGGUUGAGAAAGUGAAGACUGAAUUUUGUAUUUGUUUCUGGAAAAACGAUUUCACAAACGAAUUCAUCUUAUCGUCACUUAGAAUAUUGUAAUUCACCAUCCAGAAUAUUUUUUUUUCUCCAGAUGUAUAUGUGGGUGUGUAUGUAUGUUGAUAUGCAUGUAUAUGCACAUAUGUGUAUAUGUAUGUGUGUAUGUAUAAAGUAUGAACAAAAUGUUUACUGCCAAUAACAACACAAAACAAAGCUUGACUACUUUUUGUAAAAAAAGAAAAAAUAUUUUUAACAGAUACAGAGUUAAGAUGAACACACAAUGUAUUUUAUGUUUUCUUCAGCUAUUUUUGAUCCUGCACAAUAUAAAGCUUUAGUAAUGAAUAGAUGUUUUAUUUUCUAAACCUGCUCACCUCUGAGUUUCAUAACUUUUGCAUUCAAAAGGUUUUUGUUAGGACUCAAUUUGGGACAGAAUUUCGAUAGAGAGCUGUGCUCAUAACCAUAUCAAAUAUUUUAGCUCUUAGGAACUUGAACACACUGAAACAUUAAAACUGUGAUUCAGUGGUGAGCAGAUUAUAUAAAUAUAUAAAUAUGAAAAUGGAAAAACUGCAAUAAUUUUAUCCUGUUUUUUAAUUCAUGUAUAGUUGUUAUAAAACAUAAUCACUGCAGUAAUGAGGGCUUUUAGCAUUUUGUUAAAUCUUUUCAUGCCUCUUCGAAGCCUGCAAAAUGUUAAAAGGACAAUGCCAGCAGUUUUUAUUUAAAUCUUAAAUGGCAAAUACUUGGUGUCAAUAUUAAACAUGUGCUUAAUAGGUGGGUCCUUCAAUUGUUUUGACAUUUGUCUAUCAUUUUUAUGUCAUCUCCUUUACUUUCUGGCAAAAAAAAAUAAAUUAAAUUUAGGCUCACAUCUGAAGUUUUAAGAUCUGCAAACCAAGGAAUCCUAAGAAGAUAAAAGUAUCAUUCUCUGGCACUGAGUGCCCAGAGUAUUGAGUUCAUGUAUUGCUGAAAAAGGAGGAAAAUCAACUUUAUUCUAUGAAAACACACAGCUUUGCCCUUUGUUUAAAAGAGAAUAUAUUAUAGGAUACAAUCUGUUAAUAAUUGUAUAUGUGUGUUAUAAAAUCUUUUGUAACAAGA